AUGAGAGCUAUCAGAGGCUCUAGAAUAGGCUGUUUGGCAAGGCCAACGCCAGUGUUUGGCACUAGAUUAUUCAGUCAUUCCAGAAUAAUAUCGAAUGAAGCAAAGGAACAAACCCCGGACCAACCAUCAAAACCAGAGGCCAAGAAAGCAGAAGAAGCCAAAGGAGAAGUCAAAGACGAAGCUAAACCAAGAAAGAGACCAUUAAGUAGAGUUGCUAUUGGUGGAUCUCAACAAGGGAGUAAAAGUUUUGCUUCGAGUAAUAGUAUUGAAUUUGCCUCGUGGAAGGCCGUUGUUGUCUUGAUUGUGCUUGGUGGUGCUGCUACUUAUUAUUUUAGUAAAGAAAAAGAAAAAUUGAGAAUCCAAAGAGAAGUUGAAUCCAGAAGAGGGCAUGGAAAACCAUUGAUUGGAGGAAAUUUCAAUUUAAUUGAUACCGAAGGUAAGCCAUUUACUCAAGAGAAUUUGAAGAAUGAUGAUAAGAAAUUCUCAAUAAUUUACUUUGGUUUCACUCAUUGUCCUGAUGUUUGUCCUGAUGAAUUGGAAAAAUUGGGUGAAAUGUUGGAAGAUUUGAAGAAAAAUGACAAUAUUGAAUUGCAACCAUUAUUUAUUACUUGUGAUCCUAAUAGAGACUCUCCAGAUAUUGUCAAACAAUACUUAGCGGAUUUCCAUUCCUCUAUAAUUGGGUUGACUGGUACUUAUGAUAAUGUAAAGAAUGCUUGUAAGAAAUAUCGUGUUUACUUUUCCACUCCUCCAAAUGUUCAACCAGGUCAAGAUUAUUUAGUUGAUCAUUCAAUCUUUUUCUACUUAAUGGAUUCUGAAGGUAACUUUGUUGAUGUUAUUGGUAGAGAAGCCGAUGCUAAGGAAGGUGCUGAAAAAAUCAGAAAGCAUGUCGAUGCAUUUAUCCCACAAGCUGAAAGAGAAGCCAGAAAAGAAUCAUGGUUAGGAUUCCUUUACAAAUAA